GGGCGCUGCAUGCGCCGCUGCCGCCGGGGGUGAGGCUGGUCAGCCGGCUGGACAGUCGCCCGCUGGACCCCGCCGCGCUGCUGGACCCGGGUGCGGACUUCAGCGCCACCCUGCGCCGGCUGGGGGCGGCGCUGCAGGCGCUGGGGAGGGAGGCGGAGGGCAGGAGCCGCAUGGGGGAGGUGCCGGAGCCGGGCCUCCCCCUCACCGCCCUGGGCCCGCUGGGUGAGCUACUGGACGACUGGCAGCUGGAGGCGGUGCUGGCCCGCUGCCUGGCCCGCAGCCUGGGCGGACCCGCGGGUCUGUCGCUGCUGCUGCUGUUCGCGCGACUGCACCGCGUGCGCCCCGCGGCUCAGCUGCUGGUGGUGCUGCAGGCGCUGCUGGCGGGCGGCGCGUGGCAGCCGGACAGCGAGGAGUACCUGCGGGCGCUGAAGAGGAUGUGGGAGCUGGCCAUGAUGUGGCACCGCGCGGGCCGCCUGACCCACGCGGAGGGCGAGGGGCUGGCGGGCGUGAUGGCCACCUUCCUGCAGCGCGCCUGCCCCCUGCUGGCCAACCACUACACGGAGCUGCCGGGAAAACAGUCCGUCCCCUGCCUGGUGCUGCUGGUGCAGAUGUGCGGCUGGGCCCUCACUUGGGACCCCACCCGCUCGCCGCCCAUGCAGCCCAUCCGCGAGCACAUGCAGCGGGCGGCGGAGGCGGAGGCGGCACGUACGGCAGCACUGCUGCCGCACCCGCACCCGCACCCGCAGCAGUCUCAGGCGGGAGGUGGCGGUGAGGGAGGUGCAGGUGGAGGUGGAGGGGGGGC